AGGAUAACUUGAGCCAAAGCUACUUGAUGAAAUACGGAAGAGUAUUGAUGACUCAAGGGAACAACCUAACCAAAGCCGGGAACCGUGCUACGACUAGUACCGGUGGAGGGGAGAUGGGUUGGAGUUCACUUUCUUGA